AUGUCUUUGCCCUUAAAUACUAGCAAUUUGGCUCUAAAGCGCAAGCUACAGGAGGCCGAUAAUCGUUCUGUUAAACGCCAUCUAUCUCAAGGGUACGAUCCACAAACUCCAUGGCUGCAUGAGACGAAAGCCCUUCCUGGGUGGCAAAAUUUGAGCCAUCCUGUGCAUGAAUCUAUGCCCUUGGCCAAUAUGGUCUCUGCUGUGCAGGACUUGAUUGACCCUGACUUUGAUCCGUUAAUCGCAAUUUUGGAUGAGGAGCCCCGAUUUCUAAAGCCUCUACCAACUCGUGUAUGUCCGGAAGACCUAGAAUUCCUUCGCUUUCGAGGUGCUCUUUCUAUUCCAGAGACCGGUUUGCGGAAUGAGUUACUUCGAUCUUACAUCCAGUGGGUACAUAGCUUCAUGCCAGUGUUAAACUUGCAGGAGUUGUUACGCUGUGUAGCGGAGAAUGAUUCAGCUGGGAAUGUGAGUAUCGUGCUCUUUCAGGCUAUCAUGUUUGUUGGAACGGCAUUCGUCGACCUCAAAUAUCUACAGGCGGCCGGCUUCUCGACAAGAAAAAGUGCACGAAAUGCCUUCUAUACCCGUUUAAGAUUACUAUACUCUCUUGACUGCGAAGAAGACCGUAUUGUUAUUCUACAAACACUACUGUUGAUGACAUAUUGGUCCGACGUCGAGGGCAGCCCACAGCGGGAUAUCUGGGAUUGGAUGGGCAUUUGCAAUACACAGGCUCAUUCGAUUGGCUUAAACAAGGAUCCUUCAGCAAUAGAGAGUAUUGAUCCACGGGAUCGACGGCUACGCAUCCGGCUUUGGUGGUGUCUGUACUCGCGGGACCGGCUGAUCGCCAUGGGAAUGCGUCGUCCAAUGCAAGUAAAUGACGGCACAAGCAGUGUCCCGAUGCUGAAGUUUGAUGACUUUGACUUUGAGCCAUUCUCAAAAUCCGCAGUUGCUCUCUUCCGUUGCCCACAACUUGAAGAUUUCUCACACCAAAAGCGCCUAGUAGCCAUGUUCAUCGAAAAAGCCAAGCUCUGCCAAUGCAUCGGAAGAGUCCUCUUUGCCCAAUAUACUCCGUCGCAGCGACAAUUUGGCGCUACUGACUGUACUACGGUCACACUGGUUCCUCGCCAAGCUUCCGAAUCAGAGUUUUCGCGCUGCAGACAGAAAGUUGAUCAAUGGCUGACUUCACUGCCAAAAGACGCUCAGUUCGUACCAGGAGCUCAAAGAAAUUUUCGCGAUGGUGAGGGGGUAUUAAUUUUACAUGGUGCCUUGCUGCGCAUGCUAUACUACGCUACAAGUAGUGCCCUACACCGGCCAUGGACAGCCCAUAAAACCGCUCGCACUAGGAUGGAGGAGGCCGCUGCUGGCAUUUCAGAAAUUUUGCAAAGCCUAAACCAAUUGUCACUCACGCGAUUCUUACCACAAUCCGGCGUCACUGUCAUAUUACCUGCCGCGGUAGCCCAUCUUUCAAAUUCCAUGUCUGACAAUGCGGCUAUCCGCGAGAGCAGCAUAAACAACCUCCAACGCUGUAUUAGGGUUCUACACAGCCUCAAAGACAUCUACCCAGCCGCCAACGUUGAAUUCGCCAACCUUGAAGCGGCCAUAAAACACCAAUCCAAUAAUUAUAACUCCAACACAUUCUUCCAGAUCAUGCAAUAUGACUUUGGCAGUCCCCUUACACAACUCGAUUAUUCGAAACCAGGCAAUGCAGACGCAAACUCCACCCAAUCCCCAAGAAAUCUACAAAACAAAUAUAUAUCUACCGAGGCCACAACUCCCUUAUCACAAGUCCGUGCUGCUUCGGCUCAUGAACAACAUAAUCUAUCAUCACGCAAGUUCAACACAGAAACCCCCAAAGAACCUUCCGAACAAACAACCCUCUCAAGCAACCCCUUCUCCCACGAAUUUGACGAUCAAUUCGAAGAUCGCUUCGCCAUUCAGCCAUCUACAAAUUUAAAUUCAAACAACCCCUUCAAUUUCCUAUCUGUCGACUUCGACUUCAUCGAGUCGUCUCCCAGCGGCACAGAACCCAGCUCCGUUGCAUCCGUUGCAACAAUACCAGCCAUCACCCCACAACCCGAUGAGGGAAAUAGUAUAGACUGGGCACAAGCCCUUUUCCGGGGCAACUCACUACCAACCCUGGACAAACCUGAAUUCGACGAGCUACAUCAUCGUAGUGUGAGUCUAGACCAUCAUUUCCAUCAUAAAGAGGAACACGAUCUCUUUUCAUUUGCCAUAGGCGACGAUGAAGGUAAUGGUUUAGGUCCAAGACACAAUUCUAUAAGCCAAUUUAGUGGCCCGAUCACUGGUGAUCUAGAUCGGGAUCUAGGUUUCCAGACAGGAGAUGAUGGCUUUUGA